GUGAUUCACACAAGAUGUCUGACUGGUUUUGUUUCAGGUAUUUGAAGAUGAGAACUCAACUGAACAAGAAGUACCUUCUGAAUUCAAUGGGAAAAUGAAAGAAAAUGCAACUUUGGAUUAUAUGUCUCCAUCAGAGAGUAGUGAGACUACAUUUUCAGAAAACAGUACUACCCUGACAUCCCAGGAUGAGCAAGAAGAAGAUGGUAGAGCUGUUCCUACAUCAAACAGAAAACAAAAGAGACAGAAGCUGUUACGACAAAGGAAGAGGAGGAAUCGUGAAAGUCACCUGAUUUCAGGGGUUAAUCUGCAAAAUUUUGUGCAGACAAUGUUAAGCACAAUCACGGCUCAGAAGGAGGCUACAAGGGAAAUAAAGGAUCAGCUAACAUCACUGAAAGAACAAAUUCAGUCUCAGAUCAUCAUACAGCAGGAGUCAACCAGAAAAAUCUUUCAGUAUUUGUUACGAAUGGUGGAGGGUGAGAAGCAUCAAGAAAACACUGCUAGCCUGGAGGAAAUUCAAUCAUCGCUUGAUACAAAAAGAGAAUGCAUCCAAAGGCAGUACGAUUCGCUCCAGAAUAUCUUGAUAGUCUUGAGGUUUCAUUGUUCCCUGAUCAGACUCAAAGCACCCCAUGUCAGACGCAGCAAAGCAGCACCAAAAUAUAACUGGGCCUCCUCCAUGUUUCACACCAGUGGAGUCCUCCUGAGUCUUCUUCCCUUGAGCCCACUGCCACUCAAAAAGCAGAGGAUGGUGUGA